GACCCCGGCUGCUCCAAGAAGGGGCAGUGGGCGUGUCCGGGGGCGGGGCUUGGAGGGUCGGCCCCGCCCUCCGGGAGGCUGGGUCUGAGCCCUGGCCCUGUGGUCCCUUUGGUCUCCGUCCUCAAACGCUGUGGCCCCUACUCUGCAGGGUUUGUAUCAUGAAUGGAUGUUGAACUUUGUCAGACAUUUUGUCUAUAUUGGAUCUAUUGAGAUGAUCAUUGAAAGAGUUGCUGGCUCAAACUGAACACUGUAACCAGAAAAGGCUGCAGCUAAACUCCUCCCCCACCCUGCCCCCUAUGGACUUGAUUGUAAUCCUAUAUCCCCAUCCUUAAGGACCUGUGCGCCAAUGAGAUACCUGUGCAUCUCUAAUGGCCUUUGGGGCACUGCCCUAAGCUUAGGCUAUUUACAUUCCCCCACGCCACGUGUCUGAGAGAGACCUCCAGAUUCCAGUGGCCAGUAUGCCGGUCUCCUUUCCCGUGUUCCCGGAAUAAAGGCCUCUUUUGUCUUAUACUCCUCGACUUUUGGAAGCAUCUUUUAUCCUUUGAAGACAGACCUAUCAUUUGGUGCCCUGUGACUCGAUCGGCGGGCAACUGACUUGGGACACACCCCCAGUUGGGCCCCUUGCCGAUUCACGAACCGAAACCAUCACGGCUUAACUCUGCGCUCCUCCUGCCAGGACGCGUCCCAUCUCCUGCCAGCUGCCUCCACUCACCGCAGCCCCGAUUGAUUUAAGGUGAGCACGCUCUGCAAGACUCUUAUCACUGGGCCCGGACCCAGUCAACUGGUCUAUCCCCCGUUUGCGUUUGCCUCGCCGCGUGGCGCUACGGGUUGCUGAUAGCUUUUCCUUUGUGCCACGGGAUUUUGCCUGCCCUAUUCACCGAUGGGUAAUUUCCUUCCUACAUCCCAAAAAACGCCUCUACAAUGUUUAAUCUCCAAUUUACGUACUUUAAAAAUUAAGAAUACCAUAAAAACUAAAUUAUUAACUUUUUACUGCCAGGAAGUUUGGCCUACCUACCCACUCCCUGGCAAACGCUGGCCUCCAGAAGGGACGUUCGAUGUUUCAAUUCUACAAACACUCUAUGAUUUCUGUAAGGCCAGCGAUAGAGUCAUGGAACUCCAAUACAUAGAGGCAUUUUUGGUUCUGAGGACGCGCCAAUCCCUCAUUAGAUCUUGUGCUCCCGCUGAGAUCCUUUUGGCCACCGAUACUGUGGCUCAAACUGUUCCAUCCUGCCCUCCAGAUUCGCUUGAGGACGUACCACCAGUCUUCAGGUCACUGCCAGCCGCUUACACAGCUCGUUCUGUCCCAUUACCCCUCGCUGGCCAUCCCCCUGUGCCCAGUUCCCUCAGUUGUGCGGGUCACCAUGUGUCACAGUUACGAUCCUCCUCCCCUCCCCCUUCCGCGAUGCAGGCUCCUCCUGGCGGCUCUGCUCCGCCUUCUGAUACCUUUUCACCGCCUGCGUACCACACUAGGUCACGUUCAUUGUGCCCCGCUGGCACACAGCGUGAUCUUUCUGGCUUGCGCGGACAGCCACCAUGCCCGCCGUGCUCGGGCAGCUAUGCCGGUAACAGGGCGCCGCCAUGUUCCGGAAGUUCAGGCAGGUCAUGUGGGCAUGGAGCACUGCCCAGUUUCCUUAGUUGCGAUAGUGACGGGGCGCCGCCACGUUCCGGAAGCUCAGGCGAGCAGCAUGGCGAUGGAACGCUGCUGGGUUCAUUUGGUUGCCGUAGUGAUGGGGCGCCGCCAUGUUCCGGAAGUUCAGACGCGACGUGUGGCGACGGAGCGCCGUUGGGUUCAGAUCGUUGUUAUCACGAUGGGCCGCCGCCAUGCUCAGAGGGGUCACAUGGCAUGCCGCCAUGUUCAUUUGGUUACCAUGACAACAGGGGGCAACCAUGUUCUUUCUGGUCUCACGAUCAACGGGCGCCCUCUAGUGGCUCCCCUUGUAAGCAUCAACGGCUGCCCUGUCGUGCUUCUUUUGAGCCACACAAUGCCAUGUCCACUGCCUAUACUUCCUCCUCAGAGGGUAAGCAGCAGCCGCUCUGUAGCCGCUCUUCAGAUAACUACUCACACGCGUCUACUGGGCGGAUAGCUGCUCAGUGGCACUCUCCUCUGCGUCCCUCUCCUCAAGCUCUGCUGCCACUUCGAGAGCAAGCUGACCCCGAAGGCCUUGUAAAUAUUCAUGUGCCAUUUUCUCUUUCUGAUUUGUCUCAGAUUACCCAUAAAUUGGGCAGCUUUUCUGUAGACCCACAAAAUUAUAUCAGACAAUUUGAAUUUAUUACCAAUUGCUAUGAUUUACAUUUUAAAGAUGUUUAUGUGAUUUUAAAUACUACCCUUAGCUCACAAGAACGGAACCAGCUGUGGCAAGCAGCUCGUGAGGAGGCGGACCGAAGACACAGGACAAAUACGAUUGAGAAUGACCCUGGCCCUGUAGCUGUGCCUGACCAAGACCCUAACUGGAACUAUCAAAAUGGUCAAGGCUCAAGAAAAUUACAUAAGAUGAUAGAGUGUCUGAUUGUGGGCCUUAAUAAGAUUGCUCACAAACAUACUAAUUAUAACAAGCUUUUAGAACAGGUCCAAGAGGCUAAUGAAAACCCGGCUGUGUUUCUGAAUUGGCUUCGGGAAACCUUAAUUAAAUAUACCAAUGUAGACCCAGACUCUCAUGAAGGGAUGAUUGUAGUUAAUUCCUAUUUUAUUUCACAGUCUGCUCCUGAUAUUCGUGCAAAACUACAAAAGGUUGAACAAGGCCCUCAGACUCCACAAGGAGAUCUACUUAAAUUGGCCUUCCGUGUCUUCAACAACAGAGACAAGCUUCAAAAAGAGGAAAAGCAAGCUCAAAAAUUAAGGCUUGCUAAAUAUCAGUCUGACCUCUUAGCAGUGGCACUCGGGGCUCCCAAAACAAACAAUCCACAACAAGGUGUGGCUGCCCAAGCCCCGUUCAGACCAUGCUUCAAAUGUAACAAGCAAGGACACUGGGCACGAGACUGCCCCAACCCUGGCACUCCUCCUGGGCCCUGCCCAAUCUGCAAAGAUGAAGGGCGAGCGACUAGGCCAUCCUCUAAUCCCUUGCUCUCACAGGAGGCUUCAUCAAUGCCAGAUUCGUCGCUGACUGACCUGCUCGGACUUGCUACAGAAGAAUGAUGGGGCUCGGGGCUCAUGGCCCCCACUCCAGUCACCUUGACGGAGCCCCGAGUCUCAUUGGAGGUCUCAGGCAAAAUAAUAUCUCUGCUUGUAGACACGGGGGCCACCUAUAGUGUGCUUCCUGAAUUUUCAGGACAUUGUACUAAGUCUCAGAUCUCUGUUGUGGGUGUUGACGGCCAGCCAAAUCAACCUUUACAGACUGGGCCUAUCCCAUGCAGAUUCCAGACCCUUUUCUUUACCCAUAGCUUCCUCGUAAUCCCAACAUAUCCCACGGCCCUGUUAGGUAGAGACCUCCUUUAGAAGCUUAAUUUUUCCUUCACUUUCUCUCUCCCCACAGCUCUAAUCCUCCAAACUGCCUCACAAUGCGUCACAAAGCCAUUCCCCCCUCUUUCUCCUUCUUUGGUUGACCCCACAGUCUGGGACACAUCCAAUCCCACUCUGGCUACACAUGCCACGCCUGUUUUAAUCCGUCUCAAGGAUCCCUCAAUUUUUCCCUGCGUUCCCCAAUACCCCAUAGCCCCCCAACAUUUAAGGGGGCUUAAACCCAUCAUUAAGCGGCUUUUAGACAAUGGAUUUCUUAAACCUACCCAUUCACCCCACAAUACUCCCAUUCUCCCAGUGCUCAAGGCUGAUGGGUCCUAUCGCCUGGUACAGGACCUUAGGGUGAUCAACAGUGCUGUCACCCCAACUUACCCAGUGGUGCCAAAUCCUUAUACCAUGCUCUCUCAUAUCCCUUCCUCCACUACUCACUUUACAGUUAUAGAUCUUAAAGAUGCCUUCUUCACUAUCCCCCUACACCCUGAUUGCCAGAACCUCUUUGCGUUUACAUGGACUGACCCAGACACUCUCAGGUCUCAGCAACUUACUUGGACAGUACUCCCCCAGGGGUUCAGGGAUAGUCCCCACUUCUUUAGUCAGGCUCUUGCUACUGACCUCACAGAACUCAAUCUCAAACCUAGUGUUCUGCUCCAAUACAUAGACGACCUCCUAUUAUGCUCUCCAUCCCAUAUGUUAGCCAUACGCCACUCAGCCAGUCUUCUUAAUUUCCUUGCUAGCCGUGGAUACAGGGUGUCUCCCACCAAAGCCCAGAUAGCCUCCCCAAAAGUCAAAUACCUAGGUCUUGCUCUCACCCCCACCACUCGCUCCAUCACCUCAGAUCGUAAGGCAGUUCUUCGUGAUCUCCAGGUGCCCACAACUAAACGGCAGGUUACAUCUUUCCUGGGUUUAGCUAAUUUUUUUCGUCUUUGGAUUCCUAAUUUUGCAGCCCUAGCUCAACCUCUCUACAAGGCUGCUAAGGGUUCCUUAUCAGAACCCCUGGACCCUACUAGGCCCAUACAUGCCUCCUUUCAAAAACUAAAAGAGGCUCUCCUAAAAGCUCCAGCUCUUACCCUUCCUGAUCCCACCCAACCUUUCAUCCUAUACACUACUUGUCAGGGCCACAACGCUAUAGGUGUACUAGGACACAAAAAGGGACCUUCUUUUCAAGCAGUAGCUUACUUAUCUAAACAGUUAGAUCACACAGUAAAAGGAUGGGCUCCUUGUCUCCGAGCUCUUGCAGCUGCAGCCCUCCUGACACAGGAAGCUAAAAAGUUUACAUUGGGACAAUCUAUUACAGUACACUCACCUCAUCACUUACGUGACCUUAUCUCACAUAAGGUGCUCCCCGCCCUAAUGACCCCUUCUCGCCUUCAACAGGUACACUUAGCUCUCUCUCAAGACCCUUGCAUCUCUAUUGCAACUAGUGGUCCUCUUAAUAUAGCGACCUUACUUCCCACCUCAGAAGGCCCUCCUCACCAUGACUGUAUAGAGUUUUUACAGAUGACUCCCACUUCUUUCCCUCACAUCAGUAGCACACCUCUCUCCUUGGCCUUUGACACAUGGUUCAUAGAUGGCAGUUCAACAAACACAGACAACCAAAAGAAGGCGGGAUACGCAAUAGUUAACCAGUCAAAAGUUAUAGAGGCAAAUUCACUGCCACCUGGGACCUCUUCCCAGAGGGCAGAGCUUAUUGCCCUUACAAGGGCCCUUACACUAGCAAAAGACAAGAUUAUAAAUAUAUACACUGACUCAAAGUAUACAUUUAGCAUCUUACACUCUCAUGCCUCUAUCUGGCAAGAACGGGGUUUUAUUUCCACUCAAGGAACCCCCAUUAUUAAUGCCCCCCUUAUCCUUAAGCUUCUAGAGGCAGCCCAACUUCCAAAGCAGGCAGCAGUCAUCCAUUGCAGAGGACACCAAAGCUCUACAGAUCCUAUUGCUCAAGGCAAUGCCUUUGCAGAUUCACAAGCCAAGUUAGCUGCACAAGGGCCCUGCCCUUCUCAUCUUCUCCCAUUAGUCCCAAGCAGUCUACCUCAGCCCAAUUAUUCACCAGAACAGUUACAACUACUUCAUAAACCAGGUUACACACAAAACACUCAAGGAUGGAUUUUUCAGGGAUCUAAACUUGUUCUCCCACAUCAACAGGCCUCAGACAUCAUCACUGACUUACACAACUGUUUUCAUAUAGGAUCUCAGGCCCUAUACAAACUUUUGGCCCCAAUAGUCACACACCCUUCUCUAAAAGCCAUCAUUCUUAAAACAACUCACACCUGUGAUCUCUGUGCCAGAACCUCUCCUCAGGGACACAUGGCACCCCCUUCCUUUCCUACCCAUCAAUUUCGGGGACACACCCCUGGUCAGGACUGGCAGAUAGAUUUUACACACAUGCCCCGCCACAAGACUCUCAAAUAUCUUCUCACUUUUGUUUGCACCUUUUCAGGAUGGAUAGAAGCCUUUCCCACAACCAGGGAAACUGCUGAUGUAGUUACCAAAGUCAUAUUACAAGAAAUCAUUCCAAGGUUUGGUCUACCUCGGAGUAUUCAGUCAGAUAAUGGUCCCGCCUUCAUUUCUCGGAUCACUCAACAGGUAUCCUCGAGCUUACAUAUCACCUGGCACUUACACACCCCAUACCAUCCACAAUCUUCAGGAAAAGUAGAAAAGGCAAAUGGCCUCAUAAAGACACACCUUACAAAACUCACUUUAGAACUACACCAACCUUGGCCUCAACUUUUGCCCUUAGCCUUAGCCAAGCUCAGGGCACUCCCCCGGGCUCCUACUUUCUUAAGUCCUUUUGAACUUAUGUAUGGCAGGCCAUUCUUACUCCACAAUCUUCCUGCUCCCCAAAAUCUCCAUCCCCUGGCUGACUAUGUCCCAGUCCUCUCCUUCCUCCGACACCUGUUGCGACAACAUGCUGAUCUCUGUCUUCCACAGCCCUCUGGAGAGGCCAAACCAGAUCCUCCCAUAUCCCCAGGAGAUCUAAUUUAUCUCAAAUGUUCUAAAUCCACAGGACUACAACCAAGGUGGAGUGGUCCUUACCUGGUCUACUUGGCUACCCCUACAGCGGUCAAAGUUGCUGGACUCCCAUCCUGGUUUCACAUCACUCAGGCUAAAAGGUGCCCUCCCAGCACCAAAUCUGAUCAUUCUGAGUGGUCAUCUCAUCUUUUGUCGCCCACCCGUCUCCGUUUCACAAAGGCCUCGCAGCCACAGUUAACAGGCUAAGUCAUGUUUGGUUAUCCGAUUUGGUUCCUAAUUUCUUACGCUCUAUUAAUGAUCAUUUUUGCAGCAGGACUCUUGACAGUCUUUCCUAGAGACUCCCACAUCAUGCGUAAGAUCAUCUUUAUUAUGUUCUAUGUGAUAACUGUCGUGGUUCUUUCCACCCUCAGCUGUCUGGUUAAACGUGAAAUCCCUGAAAGCCUAAGCUCUCACCUUCCUUAUAUUGGUACAGCCACCGUCUCCCAUACUCCCCCUAUUUUAUCCGGCUCAACUCCUAGACCAGAGACAAGUUUUACACACCCACCCUCCUGAUGCUUUCAGAUGGGGGAGUAAUCACCUCUCAUGAUUUCAAUAACCUCACACUUAUUUUUCAGAGUUCUACCUCACCAUGAUGAUGCUCCUACCUCAAUCUACCUCACCUGGGUCCUUAAAAAUAAUAGUGCCAUGUCUCCUAAUAACAUUAUGUCUCUUUGUUUUUUCCAGUCUGACAUACGUACAUUCACCAGUAAAGUUGUCCUGGCUAAAACACCUGGCAUCAGUGUCUACCUGGGCAUCAACCUUCAUCCCGUCAAACUCCUCUAGACCCCCAAUACAACGCCCUCAGCCAGCAGGAAGUAGUUAUAGAGAGAGAUCUUCGCCCCUUUUCCUAACCUCUAACCAUAAGACGGGAUAUGAAAGAGUUGCUGGCUCAAACUGAACACUGUAACCAGAAAAGGCUGCAGCUAAACUCCUCCCCCACCCUGCCCCCUAUGGACUUGAUUGUAAUCCUAUAUCCCCAUCCUUAAGGACCUGUGCGCCAAUGAGAUACCUGUGCAUCUCUAAUGGCCUUUGGGGCACUGCCCUAAGCUUAGGCUAUUUAGAUUCCCCCACGCCAAGUGUCUGAGAGAGACCUCCAGAUUCCAGUGGCCAGUAUGCCGGUCUCCUUUCCCGUGUUCCCGGAAUAAAGGCCUCUUUUGUCUUAUA